AUGUCUACGAGUUUCGAGCACUCCGCAAUGAAGAGCAGUUUCUCGUUGUCAUCGCUACGAAGCGCACCGGCGCCGCCUGGCGGCCGCUGCGAGCAACUCGAGAGGCCCUACCAUAGUCUUACUAAGAAGAGGAAAGAGCCGUGCAGAGAAGCUUGGCGCAGGAGUUGGGGAUCCGCAGCCAGCGGCGGCAGCGCGGGCGAUGACCUCUGGCCUCUGCUUCAGCAUCACUACGACUAUAUCAUGGACAAUCAGAUCAUCGAUUCAUGCAGGGAGGCGAACGGAGAGCUGCUGUCCACAGCUGGCCAGCUGAUCGCCGAGUUCUCCGAGCUGUGCCAGUGGCUCACUUACGUGCAAGAGGAGAUAUACUCUAGUCCGGAGAACCUCUCCAGCGUGCAGCUGAGGAAGAGCCGCAUGGCGGAGUUGAUGUCGGUGGAACCGCGUCGUGCGAAGUUCUUAGAGCAGGCGGCCGCGAUACUGGAUCGGAUACCGGAGGCUUCCGGCGAGGUCUCGUGGCGAACGGAGCAUCUGAACGUGAAGUGGGAAAGCCUCCGCUUGCUCCUCAAUCCCGAACAGCAGCAGAGGGACGGUCAAAGCUCCGAUACAGUCGAUCCCGGCCACGAGUUGCGCUGCCUCCGCCGCUGGCUGCACGUGAUGGAGGGCCGACUGCCGCCGCCUUCGCUCGCCGCCGCCCGCGCCGCCCCCUACCACGAUCUCAUCAGGCGGCUGAGGGAACACCAGUAUGAUGACCCGCGCCGCCCCCUACCACGUUCUCAUCAGGCGAAUGAUAGAACACCAAGUGAAUGUCCAUCUCAAUCCUACAGGCUCCGGAUUUUAGGCACCGAAGAGUUUGGCUCU